AUGGUGUUUCCACAACAAGAGCAAGAGAGUCUUGUCUAUGAUGUAAGACUAUCUUCCGUUGGGCCUGGUCGAAUUAGCGGAUCAGAUGUUUUUCACUAUCUCGGUGGUCUCGACCUGGCCAUGAAACUUCAUUAUCUUAAGGUGGUUUACCUAUUUGACUCUGAGGCGGCACAAGGUCUAACUAUUAUGAAAAUAAAAGAGUCGUUGUUUAUUUUGUUCAACCAUUAUUUCAUCACGUGUGGCCGAUUUCGACGAUCGGAGUCCGGGCAACCAUAUAUCAAAUGUAAUGAUUGUGGAGUAAGAUUUGCUGAGGCUAAAUGCACUAAAACUUUACAAGAAUGGCUUCAUAUGAAGGAUUGGUCUUCCUACAAGUUGCUCGUUCCUCAACAAGUUCUUGGACCAGAAUUAUCUUUUUCACCUCCUCUUUUGUUGCAGGUAACUCAGUUUAAGUGUGGUGGGGUUGCAUUGGGCCUUAGUUGGGCGCAUGUACUAGGAGACCCACAUUCAACUUCAGAUUUCAUCAAUAAAUGGGGCCAGUUCUUAAACAAUUUGAGCCUAAAAAUGCCCUACAACAUUCCAAGAUCCAUUCCAACAAUCCUAAAAUCAGAAAGACCCGAAAAAGAUCCAGUUUCGAUUAAAUGGGUUGACCCGAUUGGCGAUCAUUGGAUCCCGGCCAACAACAAAAAAAUGGACACAUUCUCGUUUCACAUAACUACCUUGCAAAUGAACAACUUGCAAGAACAAAUUUGGGGUCCGGGUGUUGAGAAAACCCCUUCUUUUGAAUCUCUAUGCGCAAUAAUUUGGCGUUGUAUUGCCAAAGUUCGAGAAGAAUCUGAACCCACUACCGUGACUGUUUGUCGAGCCGAUCCUAAUGGUAGAGGCAAUGAUAUAAUUGGAAAUGACCAAUUGAUAUCCAAGGUUGAGGCCGGAAAAGAUUGUUCUAUUAUUAACACAAAUUUGAAAACUUUGGCUAGGUUACUUGUGGAACAAGGUAUUGAUGAGAGAAAACAAAUUGAGGAAAUUGUUGAAAAAGAUCAAGGUGUGACAGAUUUAAUUGUCUAUGGUGCAAAUUUGACAUUUCUUAACUUAGAAGAUGUCAAUGUUUAUGACUUUAAAUUGAGGGGAAAAAAACCAAGAUUUGUUUACUACACACUUCAAGGGGUUGGAGAUGAAGGUGUUGUUUUGGUGCUUCCUAGGUCAAAAGGUCCUAACAAAAAUGAUAAUGAUGGAAACUUUGUGACCAUUAUAAUGCCAGAAGAUGAAAUUGUGAAAAUUAAAGAUGAGCUUAAGAUGAAUGGUGUUAAUACUUGA